AUGAAUGAGGCGAAAUUACUUGAACAAUUUUGCCGUGAUGGAGAACUGCAAUUUCGCGCAGGAAUUCAUGCGUUCAAACCAUGGUGUGAGAAUCAGAUAACCGAUUUGCAAGUGUUUGAUGAGUUAGACGCACAGUCUGUGAUAGAACAUGGCCAGACUGUGUUGUAUCGGCUUGCUCUAUCUUGCUUUCCACAUGCGCAACUUACCCAAUUCCCCCAGACCAUCACAAUUAACCGUCAUGGUACGAUCUCGUUUGCCACAAGUCGAGAGUUUCUGUGCAAAGUGAGCCAGAAAAUCAACGCUUUGAACGCAUUGGUCGUGAUUCAGCACUGUUUUGCAUUGCAAGAAUUUAAAGUGAUCGGAGCUCUGGUCGAUCGAUUUCCGCCAUAUAUACUACCGCACUGGAAUCCAAGUGUAUUACAGGUGGAAGAGAACAAAUUGAUUGAAUUGCGCUAUUCAAUUUUGGGCAAACCAACCCCGUUAUUCUAUUGGUGUUUUCACGGAUACGGUGUUCAUAAUCGGCAAGCUUUUGUCGAUUCUUUUGAUCUGCGGCAUCAGAUUGGUUUGCGUAUCCCUCAAGCCGGACUGGACGAUGCAGGGGAAUAUUAUUGCUGCAUACUUAAACGCGAAGAUCUGGGAUUUUUUGCGCAGACCCAACCCGUCAGAAUCAGAGUCACAUCAAAGGUCGUCUCUCUGCAAAACCUCAAUUCCAAUGAAAUUAUCCAUGUGAUUAAACAAUUCGAACAAACUCUGGCACCCGGAGUCUACGGAUUUGUCUAUUUGGGUUCACACGGAUUUCGAAUACACGGCCAUGAAUAUGUCCUGGCCACGGACGCCACCAUGGACAAACAGCUGCCCAAUCAAAAACAGUCCGCAGACGUACCUCCUAUUUCUCAGUACCAGAGAAACAAACUUUCUCUCCACGAGUUAACCAGACGCGGGCUGAUCAGUGUGGAUGCACUCACUUGUCGACUGAACGCACGCAGUCCCAGUAUUGCAGUCCUGGUAGUGGAUGCAUGCCGUCAGAACUAUGCAGUGGACCAGUCACAACAAUGGGCAGCGGACAGUGUGUUGAAAAAUGUGACCGCAUUAAAUUUCUACAAUCCCUCCAAUCUGGCAGUGUUGUACGCUUGCCAGGCUGGUGCUCAGGCAUACGAGGAGGAGGGUUCUGUUCUGUGCUUUGUACUGAACAAUGUGCUACGAGAUCACUCUGAACUUCCGGUGGUGAAGCUCUUGGAAAAGACACGGGAUACGUUCGAUCGGUUGCGAUUAUUGAAAGACAAACCACAAGUACCUGGCGGUACAGAAAUCGAUGACAAAUGGGACUCGGUGGAAACGAUUCAACAACAUCCGGAACUUAGACCACCGCAACCAGCUCGUCAAUUGGCGACACGAGUGAAUGUGAUUACCAUAGCAGGAAAUACGGAUCGUGCCACAAGAUUUGAUCAUAAAGCCCGAGAACAGGAUGAAUUACCGGAAGCUGUCUGGAAUCGAAAACUGUCGGAUAAAAUACGUCUAUUCGGAAACCCGGCCUGGAAAGAUAUGUGGUACUAUGCGAACGCAGCAUCGAACGACUCCACUCCGGAAUGGUUUCGUGCACACUACGUGAGAAACAACGUAUUGCGACUGGAAAUCGACGUGGAUCGGACGACGGGUUUGCCGAUGGCCUACUUUGAGAUGACGGAAUUGACCUCAGUAUGGAAACCUUGUCGGGUUGAACUCGAGGAAGGACAAUCACGUCAGUAUAUCCAUUUGACCGGGCAUUACCGUAUCGUGCUUGUACGGGAUUUGCAAAGACUGAACGCACCGUACCAAACGAUUCGACAGAUCCCAAUUCAAGUGCAUCGAAUCUCAUCGGAAUCAUUUCAGAGCGCACCGUUUGGUCGUCGAUGCGGUUGUAUCGUGAACACAAUCAAACUCAACUGUCCUCCCAUUGUCCGCGCAUGGUAUACAGACCCGGCUAGUACAAGACAGAACUGA